UUCUCUGUCAGCAAGAACGGGAGCAACAGAGUUCCCAUUUCCACCAUUUCCAACUCCCGUGGAAGCUCCACCCCACCUCUCCAUUGCAGAAGAAGAAGAAGAAGAAGGCCAUGUCAGAGACUCAGUGCUGUGAGAACCCUCCGACGCUGAGCACCAGGAGUGUCGGAAUCGGAUGUGUCGCAGAGAUCGGAGGCUUGAAGGCUCACAUCGCCGGCCCCUCUGAUGCCAAGCUCGCCGUCCUCCUCGUCUCCGAUGUUGUCGGUUAUGAAGCACCAAAGCUGAGGAAGCUUGCAGACAAGGUGGCCUCUCGUGGAUUCUAUGUCGUGGUUCCACACUUCAUUUAUGGAGAUCCCUAUGUUCCUGACAAUCCUGAGAGACCAAAUGCAGUCUGGAGACAAUCUCAUGGAACUGUAUGCUUCGAUUUUCAGUUCAAGUCUCUAUCUGUUUAAGGACUUUCUAGACCUUAUGGAUUCUAUGUCGUGGCGGGUUGGUUUCAAAAAGCACAAGUUUACUAAAA